UUAUAGCUAAGCAAUAAAUGAAUGGUACAUUAGGCUUAAUUGGCGAAGAAAAGAAAGGAUUGGCAGUGGAUGUGAUUAUCUGAAUUCAGUGAUGAGGGUGUUGUCGUUGAGCCCCUCCACUUUGGCUUUGGGUCGCCACUUUCUCUGCAAAACCACCUCACACUCCCACCCUUCCCUUUCCCUCCCACGCGCCGCUUCCAUCUCCGCCACUCUCACGCGCCCACCCAUUCCUCCCAAUUCAGAUCCCCGCAGGUUCCCCUUCUCCUCCCUCACCUCUUCCACCAACACUCCCAACAACAAUCCCUUUCUCUCUCACUCCCAAGGUGCUGGUGCUGGUGCUGGCACGUUCCUUUGGAACCCCGCUUCCGACACCCCUUACGCCGCGCUCCACGGAGGCAAAGACCGCGUCGCCACGGUGGUGCUGUUGGGGUGGCUUGGAGCGAGGACCAAGCACCUCAAGAGGUACGUCGAGUGGUACAAUUCGCGCGGCAUUAACGCACUCACCUUCGUCGUCGACAUCAAGGAGCUGCUUCGAUUUGACCUCGGCCACGUGCUCGAGACCCGAAUCUCUCUCCUCGCCGACCACCUCGUUUCUUGGGUGUCCCGCGAGGAACACGAUGGGAGGGAACGCUGCCUGGUUUUUCACACUUUCAGCAACACGGGUUGGUUUGUUUAUGGUUACAUUCUUGCCCGAAUGCUGGGAAGUGAGGAGCUCAUGGAGAAGAUUAAAGGAUGCAUUGUGGAUUCGGGAGGAGGAGAACCUUUCAAUCCUCAGGUCUGGGCUGCCGGUUUUUCUGCUGCUAUAUUGAAGAAGCGCAUCUCUUUAGGACCCAUAGUCGAGGUAGAAGGCAAGCUUAAAUCGGAGACAGAAGUCAGCUUGCCAAAGAUUGAACAAAAGGAAUCUUCGACAAUCGAAACUUUGGUCUUGUCACUAUUAGAGAAGUUCUUCUCAUUUGUUUUGCAGUUGCCAGAUGUGAACCAGAGGUUAACAAGGAUUGUCAAUGUGCUCAUGAAACACCAACCUUGUCCUCAGCUUUACCUGUAUAGUACAGCUGACAAAGUAGUUCCAUAUCAAUCCAUAGAAACGUUAAUUGAGGAGCAGAGGAAGAUGGGAAAGAGGGUAAGGUCCUUUAACUUCGGCUUAUCUCCCCACGUGGAUCAUUAUAGGACAUUUCCGGACCUAUACUUAUCACAGGUUUCUGAAUUUUUGAACCAAUGUUUUGCCACGAGCAAACCGACAACUUACAAGUCUUAAGUUGCCCAUUGAAGUGUAAAGUUUUUGCAUAGCAGUCCGAAUGAAAUUUGCUUCCUUUAGUUUUCUGAGCGGAAUAGCGAUUCAUUAUAACAAGUACAAGGAGAGAAAUGAACAGUGGCAACACAUUACAUACAAGCCAUUGACAUAAUAUAUUGAAUUGCCGACAGUGUCUGCCAAUUACACAUUA